AUGGCAGUCCGCCCAGAAAGCGUCGAGGACUGGUUCCAUUUCGUACCGACUCUGCUCGAGGAUGAGGGUUGGCAAAUAGCCCGCAACAGCCCCGCUGGCAAGCUGCUGCACAGAAGCUGUCCAUGGGGUGGGCAUCUUGCCAGGAUCUCCUUAAGGGAUAUUGAGGUCCGCGACCCACCUGCGAACACCUCCCACCUCUUCGUGCGACCGGAGGUCCGGGCCUGGGCUGUGCGGACAUAUCCGGAAUUGAAUGAGGAGUUGCUCGAGGUGGUGGAGACUCUGGCACCGGGCCACGCCGUGUGUCGCAGGCGUGUGGCGCGAGGAUUUCGCGGGCGCGGGCAGUUGGGGGUCCUCUUGUUGUGCUCGCUCAGUGGAAGUACUCCCAACACCAACAACUUCUUCUUCCACUCUGACUCAGAUUCUGAGAUGCCCGGUAAUGUGAUCAUGAUGGUUCGGAGAAACUACCCGCGACAUGGCGACAGUGCUCACAUGGUGCAAUGCCUCUCGGAACACAUGGAGUGUGUCACAGUGGGCCGGCCGCAGGGUCCCAACACGUUUCAGCUGGACGUUGUGAUGAGGGUUCGUUCGGUCUUGCCAGUGUGGGCCUUCGGGUACUUCGAGCCUGUGGUUGCGUCAGCAAGGGGCCUUGUGCAGUCGUUUGUCAACCGACCUCGCAUUGCGGAGAUGCGCAGGAAGGACAUGCAGUGCUACGCAAUCCUCACCAUCCAAAGCUGGCGACGCGGCCCACCCCUUGUUCCGGCAGCGGCGGAGGAGGUGGCGCAGGAAGACGUCACGACAAUUGAUGCCGGCCAGCGAGAUGGGCUGACAUCUUGGGUCCGGUAUCAUCCUCGAAUGGUUGGCAGCAGCGGCUUUAUGCUGUCAGACUAUCUCAACUUGUUCUUCAAGAGGAUCGGCGAGCAGGUGAUCUUGCAUCAGUCCGUGGACGGGCAGGAGCUGCUGCCGUACCAGUGUGCCAUUCUGCGGGAAGAUUGGGACCGAGUGGGGGAACACUUUCAGCGUGCCUACGCUCUGCAGAAGGCAGCAUACCGCCACUCACGUGGCGGCCGAACGGCCCCGAGCUUGUUGGAGUCGCUAGGUCCUCGGUUUCGAGAGGACAACAGUCUCACAGCCUUGCAGCAGCGACUACGAGAGUCCAUCGAUGCGAAGACAGUUGUACGCAAAACCUUCCUCGAUGUUGAGGAGCCGCAGUCUCAAGGUGACAGUGCCCGGCAAAGGCACCGGACGAGCUCACCUGUGAGGCACACAUGUCUCAUCAUGUCUCACUGA